UCCGGCCAUGGCCGCGGCCAUCGCCAGCUCGCUGAUCCGGCAGAAGCGGCAGGCGCGCGAGUCCAACAGCGACCGCGUGUCCGCCUCCAAGCGCCGCUCCAGCCCCAGCAAGGACGGCCGCUCCCUUUGCGAGAGGCACGUGCUGAGCGUCUUCAGCAAAGUGCGCUUCUGCAGCGGCCGGAAGACCCACGUCCGGCGGAGACCAGAACCCCAGCUGAAAGGAAUCGUGACAAGGUUAUUCAGCCAGCAGGAAUUUUUCCUGCAAAUGCACCCAGAUGGGACGAUUGAUGGGACCAAGGACGAAAACAGCGACUACACCCUCUUCAAUCUAAUUCCAGUGGGUCUUCGUGUGGUGGCCAUCCAGGGUGUAAAGGCAGGCCUCUACGUGGCCAUGAACGCCGAGGGGUAUCUCUACAGUUCAGACAUCUUCACACCAGAGUGCAAGUUCAAGGAGUCUGUCUUUGAAAACUACUAUGUGAUCUACUCCUCUACGCUGUACCGGCAGCAGGAGUCCGGAAGAGCCUGGUUCUUGGGACUCAAUAAAGAAGGGCAGAUUAUGAAGGGGAACCGGGUGAAAAAGACCAAACCAUCAUCACAUUUUGUACCAAAACCCAUAGAAGUGUGCAUGUACAGAGAGCCAUCCCUGCAUGAAAUUGGAGAGAAACAAGGACGGUCCAGGAAAAGUUCAGGGACACCUACCAUGAACGGAGGCAAAGUGGUCAACCAGGACUCAACAUAGCUGAGAGAACCGCCACCCGCCCCUGCAUCUGACGCC